GCCCAUAUCUUGCGCUUGUACCGCGUUCACGACCUCAAGCAGCUUACAUAUUAACUCGGACUUGACAGCACACUCAGGUGUCUGCUUCUAUAGAGUGUCCCCCAUAGAAUACUUGCUGAUACAGCUAACUGACACAGCUACUCCCAUCGGUUAAGUUUGGGAGAUGUCUGAGCAAGAGUUUGAAGUCGAGAAUAUACUUCAAGCGCAAGUAGGAAAGAAACAUGGAAAAAGAGGUUGGCUAUAUCUUGUGAAGUGGAAAGGAUAUAAUAGCGAAGAAGAUAAUACAUGGGAACCAACGGAGUCUUUCGACGAAGGCUCACAACACUUCAUUGAGACCUUCUGGGCUCGAGCCAGGGAAGAUAGGGAUUAUAAUGACAUAUCUCUGUUCAAGUCAGGCGAAGUGAUAAUCCCAGUUGGGCCUCCCCCCAAACGUCGUAAUCUCAACAAGAGACCCGUUCUAAAUCCGAAACCAGCUCAACCAGUACCUGGACCCAGUAUGCCAGCAGAUUCGGAGAGCGAAGUGAAAUCUUUAAUUGAAGAAAACUCUUCUCCUCGUAGGAACAAACGGCAGAACGCCGAGGUGGAUGAGCCAAUCAAGACGCCUGUUACGAAGCGGAAGAAAGGACGAAAAGAAGUAAUAGAAGUGGAUAAGUUCGAGACGCCACAAGCAAAGAAGUCAUCGCUGUCUCGACAAUCGUCCGUGUCCAAGCAGAAGAAACGGCGAGGCCCUCCUGGCAUUCGUCCAGACGCUUUGCAAAAUCAAGAAGGGCCGUCGUCUUCUCGCCAAAAGCUGGUAGAAAUGACACUGAGCGAUGAUGAAGCCAAUAAUGCAGACGUUGAGAAGAUGAUUACCGUGCCGGAUGCAACAAACUCGCCUACGCAUGGCUCUCUUUUUGGAGACGAUAGCGAGCCUGAACCGUUACCAGUAGGACCGCCGAAGAAACGAAAGACUCAACCCGAACCUCAACUGUUGCCUAUAGGUCCCCCGAAGAAGCGGGUCGCAGCGCAGGCGAAAAGUGAUAUACCUGCUCAUCGAGCGCGGAAAAAUAAUCCGCGAGUGAAACUCUUGGACGACAAUGUGUUUCCUGAAGGAUAUGACGGAGCUAUCGCCACGAAGGCGAGAUUCCUAUCGAGCAAGGCUGGCAGUUCUUCAACGAGGGACAACACUAGAGUUUCUAAUGGCGUCAUCUCUGGCAGCACUUCUUUAUUGACUGCCGCCAAGGGAAAACUGCAGACAAUGACGGGGAAAGUGAAGGGCCUUCUUGGUGUUUCCAGCCAGGAUGAUACUAUCUCGGUCCCUACAUCUGACCCCAACGAGGACGUACUCAUGAUAGUCGACCAGGACCCCGCGACGCUCGUGGCCAGUGAACCUCCUGCUCCUAGUGUGCCUUCUGCUAAGGAACUCUUGGAUAUGGCCGGCUUUGAUGCUGCAGCCGCCCAGGAGCUGUCCGACUUCGAGGAUGGUGAUGAACCGGCCGUGCCUGCGGAGACGACCGCUAACCCGGGCGAAAAAUCCAGAGAAGAAGAAUCGGAAGUCAGUCCUACGGCACCUGCUGAAUCGCCGUCCGUUGGCUCUGGUCAUGUUUUCUCUGCAGGGUGGCGGUCGAGUAAGGUCCUUGGAGCGGACUCAACCAUCUUCGGUCCACUGAGUUACAGUCGGAGCACUCUCGGACUCUCCACAGGUGCCGAGCCUAAUCAUUCGAAGAAGCUUCUUUCUAUCAAGCUAGACUCUGCGACAGAUGUUCCUGUAGUGCUCAAGGACGUCCAGCCGCCUCUAGACCCACGAUUGAAGCCUCUUGACGAAGUUAUUGCAGGCGCCACUGAAGGUCCUUCUGGCAAAUUCUAUAAGGGAGAAAAUGCUCCUACGCUCAUCGCAACGCUGCGAGUGGAAGGUUCAUGCGCCCGUGUUGCGUUGGAUGACAAUGUCUCAGAGGUGCAAAAGAAGGACUUCGAACGCUUCCGCACCCGCCUACAAUCAGGAGAGCUUGUAAGUGGAUCUGACAGCUCCACAUUCCCUUCUUACUCAAUCGUUUGGUACGGGUAGUUCGUGAUCACCGUUGGGUCCAGCGUACUUGCUUUAUGCUCGUCGGAGAAUCAUGAUCUUUGCACCAAGCUAGGGAUGUCUCCGAAGUUGGUCGGGCUCGGUGACAAUGUGUUGGUGACUGAGGUUGUGAUUGAGAACGACGGGGCUUUCUGCGAUGCGGUCCUUCACGCGGAGGACGAACGUUGGUGACCUAACUGCACCUGUUAUUUGAUUCUUGCAUUCUGUACACUGUAUGCUGUGCCCCACUUGUUAUUACAUGCUGAUUUCUUGCUUUGCAUACUCCGCAAAGUCGAAUGGAACUUGUGCAAAAAUGCAACUCC